AUGUUGAACAAUUCAUACAAAAGACCAGCUGUACUUGAUAUCAGUAACUUACUCAACACGACUUAUGAAUCACCAAAGAGUCCAUCUUUGUCACCUUCUUUAACAUCUUCUCCAGCCAGUGUUUCAUCUUAUGCAAGUUAUCCUUUCCCUCAACAACAACAAGGAUGGGAAGAUAUGAAGCAUGCAUCUAUGCAUGGAUCGCACACACCUAUUUCUAUGGCAGAUGAAGACCUUAUCUAUAAAGAAGAAGAAAAAGAAAGUGAAGAUGAACUAGACACAGAUGAAGAUUCACCUAUCAAAGCAAAACGAAGAAGAGCCAAUGCUAAACAACUCGAAGUCUUGAACCGAGUAUUCGAUCGUACCUUUUUCCCUUCAACUCAAAUGCGUGCUGAACUUGGACGUCAAUUAGGCAUGAGUCCACGUACAGUCCAGAUCUGGUUUCAAAAUCGUCGUCAAGCUAUGCGUACAAGAGAACGCCAGCGAUUAAUAAGACUUCGUAAUAAUAAUAAUUAA